GCGGCGGCGGCGGCGGCUUACUGCACAGUAGUGCUGCUGAUAGUGGGGGACUUCCGUUCGCUUGCGGCGAGGUCAGACAGAGUCGAGACGGCUGGCUGCGCUCGGUGCUGCUCUUGAAAAAUACGAUGAAAAUGGCGUGGCAACCGCAAGAGGAAGGACUUCGGCAGAUCCUGACGCUGCUCCGGGAAUCGCAAAGCCCCAACACCGAGACUCAACGCGCCGUCCAACAAAAAUUGGAGGAGCUCAACAAAUUUCCAGACUUCAACAAUUAUCUCAUCUUCGUUUUGACGAAAUUGACUACAGAAGAUGAACCGACAAGAUCCUUGAGCGGUCUUAUACUGAAGAACAACGUCAAGGCGCACUUCCACAAGUUUCAUCCUGAGGUCACAGACUUCAUAAAGCAAGAAUGUCUGUCGGCUGUGGGGGAUCCUUCUCCGCUGAUUCGAGCAACCGUUGGAAUUCUGAUCACAACUAUUACAUCGAAAGGUGACUUGACAACAUGGCCAGAACUGCUUCCAGCGCUUUGUCAGAUGUUGGACUCGCAGGACUACAAUGUCUGCGAGGGAGCUUUUGGUGCCCUGCAAAAAAUAUGCGAAGACUCGGCAGAACAGCUAGAAACGGACAACACCAAUCGUCCGUUGAAUGUCUUGAUUCCAAAGUUCUUGCAGUUCUUCAGACAUUCGUCGCCGAAAAUCAGAUCGCACGCUAUUGCCUGUGUCAAUCAGUUCAUCAUCAACCGUGCACAUGCUCUCAUGAUGCACAUGGAUGGUUUUCUUGAAAAUCUCUUCUAUCUUACGUCCGACGAUAACCCUGAAGUUAGAAAGAAUGUCUGCAGAGCCUUGGUUAUGCUGCUGGAAGUGAGAAUGGAUAGAUUACUCCUUCAUAUGCAUGACAUAGUCGAAUACAUGCUGAUGAGAACUCAAGAUAUGGACGACGCCGUUGCUUUGGAAGCUUGUGAAUUUUGGCUAUCAUUAGCUGAACAACCACUUUGCAGAGAUGUUCUUGCAUCGCAUUUACCCAGAUUGGUCCCUGUACUUGUAAAGGGAAUGAAAUACGCUGAAUUAGACGUUAUACUUCUUAAAGGAGAUGUGGAGGAAGAUGAAAUGAUUCCAGACAGAGAGGAGGACAUCAGACCGCGAUUCCACAAAUCUAAAACGCAUCAUUCGCAUGCUACGACCAAACACGUCGACGAGAACGGCAGCUACGAUGAUAAAGAUCUUGAUUCUGAAGAUGGAGGUGAUGAUGACACCUCUCUGAGCGACUGGAAUUUGAGAAAGUGCUCUGCAGCUGCACUUGAUAUGCUGGCUGGAGUUUUUAAGGAGGACCUAUUGCCGGUUUUGGUACCCAUUUUAAAAGAGACGCUGUCCCAUCAAGAUUGGGAAAUAAAGGAGUCUGGCAUUCUUGCUCUUGGAGCAAUUGCUGAAGGUUGUAUGUCGGGUAUGAUCCCACAUUUGCCAGAACUGAUUCCAUAUCUGAUCAAUUCUCUGGGUGAUAAAAAGGCACUAGUGCGUUCUAUCACGUGCUGGACGCUCAGCCGAUAUGCCCACUGGGUUUGUGCUCAGCCACACGACACUUACCUAAAGCCAUUGAUGACUGAACUUUUAAAAAGAAUACUAGAUGGCAACAAACGUGUUCAAGAGGCUGCCUGCUCGGCAUUCGCAACGUUAGAAGAGGAAGCUUGCACUGAAUUAGUACCUUAUCUUGGCUUUAUCUUGGAAACUCUUGUAUUUGCUUUUGGAAAAUAUCAGCACAAAAAUCUGUUGAUUCUAUACGAUGCAAUUGGUACACUCGCUGAUUCGGUUGGACGUCAUCUCAACAAACCGGAUUACAUCAAUUUACUUAUGCCUCCUCUAAUUAACAAAUGGAAUGUUUUGAAAGACGAAGACAAAGAUCUUUUCCCUCUUUUAGAAUGUCUGUCAUCAGUAGCUACUGCUUUGCAAUCUGGAUUUUUGCCAUAUUGCGAACCUGUUUAUAGGAGAUGUGUAUCAUUAGUAGAGCAAACUUUAAAUCGGCAUGUGGCCUACACUCAAAAUCCAGAUCAGUUUGAAGCUCCAGACAAAGACUUCAUGAUAGUAGCACUAGAUCUUCUUAGUGGACUAGCUGAAGGCUUAAAUGGACACAUGGAGCGCCUUGUAGUGAAUAGCAAUGUAAUGCAGUUACUGUACCAGUGCAUGCAGGAUCAUAUGCCCGAAGUUAGACAGAGUAGUUUUGCACUUUUAGGAGAUUUGACAAAAGCUUGUUUUCAACACGUACUUCCCUGUAUACCGGACUUUAUGCCAAUUCUUGGUCAAAACUUGAAUCCGGAGUAUAUCUCGGUCUGCAAUAAUGCAACGUGGGCAAUUGGAGAAAUUUCAAUCAAACUUGGACCUGACACUAGCGCGUAUAUUCCUCUGAUUCUAACACAACUGAUUGACAUCAUUAAUCGACCAAAUACACCAAAGACUCUUCUGGAAAAUACCGCCAUAACGAUCGGUCGCCUAGGUUAUGUGUGUCCCCACGACGUCGCCCCCAUGUUACAGCAGUUUGUCCGACAGUGGUGUACUUCGUUGAGAAACAUCCGUGACAAUGAAGAAAAAGAUUCGGCUUUCCGAGGUAUGUGUCAGAUGAUUGCUGUCAAUCCAGGUGGAGUCGUUCAGGACUUCAUAUUCUUCUGUGACGCCGUUGCAUCCUGGGCAACACCCCGAGACGAUCUUAGGGAUAUGUUCCAAAAGAUAUUGCACGGAUUCAAAAACCAAGUUGGCGCUGAAAACUGGAGGCGAUUCUCAGACCAGUUUCCACCACAGCUUAGUGAGCGACUUCAAAAUAUGUACGGCGUUUGAACAACCCCGCCUGCAAAUGAAGGCCGCUUUAUGGGACAGGCCGAACGGGGUUGGGCGGGGAUCAAAAAUAUGGGUGAUCAGGGUGGGUGGGUGAAACCACGGCCUCUUCUCAUCAACAUCGUCGUCGUUAUCGAGUCAUGGUCACCGUGCCGGCGAACUCGUCGUCGGGCCCUCCUGGGGACAAGAGAAAAAUCUGCGCGUGCGCCGUAGACUACAGCGACAAUUAGGCAUUGACAGAGAGCAACGUGAGCAAGGGGUAAAAUCAAGUUAAUGGUAACAAAAAAAAAAAGUAAAGCCGCGAACACUUCGAGAUAGUAAACGAAAUAUAGCAGA